AUGUCGUUCUACCAAAUCAACCUCGCCGUCUUUGCGGCCGGUAAUGCAUAUCUGCUCUACCGGCAAUACCAGAGGGACCGAAAGCCCCCCGAGGCAGAUCUCCUCGCCUCGGAGCUCGCUCAGGAAGAUAGCGACGCCGAUGGGGACUCGUUCAUUGAGAAUGGCGGUUCUGUGAGCCGAGAAGUUGUCCGGAAGUUCCAGAUGGACUUCUUCCCCGUCUAUGCUCUUGCUGUUGCUGCAGAUUGGCUGCAGGGGCCCCACAUCUACGCCAUCUACAAGUACGAAAAGGGCAUCCCGGAGAAGACGGUCGCGGCUCUAUACGCAGCCGGGUUCAUCUCGGGGGCGAUGUCGGCCUCCUUUGCGGGCCAGCUGGCGGACCGGCACGGGCGGCGGCUGGCGUGUCUGGUGUACUGCGGCACCUAUGCGUUGACUUGCCUGACAAUGCUCAGCGACAACCUGAUCCUGCUGUUUGCGGGCCGCUUCGCCGGCGGCAUCUCUACCACGCUGCUGUACAGCGUCUUCGAGGCCUGGAUGAUCACCGAGUACCACCGUCGCGAUCUGGGCGCCUCGAACCUCAAGCUCGGCACCGUGUUCGGCUACAUGACCACGCUGAGCUGCAUCGUGGCCAUCACCUCGGGCAUCGUGGGGGACGUGCUGGUGGCGUCCUUGGGCGGGCGGGUCUGGCCCUUCUUGGCGAGUGUUGCGUGUAGCAUCACGGCGGCAUACCUGAUCUGGAGGACUUGGUGCGAAAAUUACGGCGCCAAGUCGGUGAGCCGCAGCUCCCUGGCCGACAUCAGGAGUGGCAUCGCGACGAUCCUCGGCGACAAGCGGAUCCUGUCGCUGGGUAUCACGUCGUGCGUCUUUGAGGGCGCCAUGUACCUGUUCAUCUUCUUCUGGUCGGCGGCUCUGAAAAGCGCCAGGGCGAAGUCGGGCUCUGAGGAGGAGCUGCCGUAUGGCCUCAUCUUCUCGAGCUUCAUGUGCGCCAUGAUGGCCGGCUCGGCCUUCUUCUCCCUCUCAACGCCGGCCCACAACAAGGAGAGCACUAUCUUCAUCCUCAUGUCGAUGACGCUGCUUGUCAGCGCGUGUUUGUCCGGGGCCGUGCUGUUGGAGAACGAGAAGUUGCUGUUCUGGACGUUAUGUGCCGUCGAGGCGGCCAUUGGAGCCUACCUCCCCAGCAUGUCCUUCUUGAAGAGCGAGGUGGUUGAGGACGGCGUGCGGGGGAAGGUGUAUAGCAUCCUGAGGUUCCCCCUAAACGUGUUCGUGGUACUGGUCCACAGUCUAGAUCAGGAAGGUGAUGGGCACCGGAACCGUGUCUUCAUGAUGCUGGCUGCCCUUCUUAUGGCGGCAUUCUUCGUCGUCAAGAGAACCUUCACGGCGUAG